GACGUGUCUCUUUCGCCCUUAUUCUGCGCAGCUCUCCGUGUUGCAGAGCGACGGUUUAUCUGAAAACAUUGACAUCUAAAAUAACUUUUGACGCUUCUACAAAAUGUCUUUUAGUCACGAUGAAUCCUCGGAGUUUCCCCCGACCGGAAACACAAAGUUGGAGAGCUUCUUGUUCACCUGCGAGUUGUCCUCUAAAGUCCCUUUCUACAUAUUCCAAGGAGAUGAAGAAGAGGACCUGGAGCACUUCCUUGAACUUAGAACAGUUUGCCUCGGUGAGGGAGCCAAGGAGGAGAGUAACGUGGUGGAGGUUACAGCCAUGAACCACCUGGGAAAGACCACCUCAGUGCCCAUAGCCAACCUUCACGUCAAGUGUCUGCCUAUGGUGAGCCUGGGAGAGUUUGAGCUUAAAGCCCCAGUGACUAUACGACUCAAAGCUGGAACGGGACCAGUUUCUGUCAGUGGCCUGCACCUUAUUGCCUCACAGGCUGAAGACUCCGAUCUAUCUGAAGAAGAAGAGGAGGAAGAUGACGAUGAAGCAGAGGAAGAAGAGCUGCCUUCUGUCAAACCAGCAAAGAAGAAGAAGAAUCAGUAGACAGAGAGGACACUCUGAUAGAGCUGUGAGAAAUGAUCGGGUAUUUUUUGUACCAGACGGACAGAUUUUACACCCUCUUCCUCACAGCUACGACAAAGCACAGUGCGGCAGCAGCUAAACUCGCCAUUAAAGGAGCCACAACGAAACCCCCAUAUUUUGACCUCAUCACCGUCUUUGUGGAUAAGACAUUUGUAUAAGAAGUGAUUUUGAUAUCAAAAUGUAUCCACUUUUUUUUUUACUGUAUAUAUUAACAUUCCCACUGUUAUAAUUUUACAGCACCGUCGCAGGUUAAAAAAAACGUCUAUUACUACCACUCGACGCUAAUAGUCGUUUUGGGUUAAUAACACCUGUUCAGGAAAGGACACACAUUCUGAUUCAAACUGAAUAAAACAUUCAGAUUUAUAUGCAGUUCAAUAAAUGUUUGUUUGACGAAAUCUUCAGUUUGUAGUUGGAUGAUGUUGAAAAUAAGGUUGAUUAUUAUAAAUACGUUCUGAUUUACUCAUCAUAGGAAUGGAUGUCAAAACCUUCAGCUUCAAUGAAUUUCACCAUGUAAAAUUUAGCUGUAGAUUGUUUUUAUUUCCUACUUGGUUGAAACAAUAUACGCGUAUGUCUCAAAUUAGCAUAUUAUUAAAAACUAUAUUUCAUUAACAA